AUGUUCCCUCCGAUAAUGAAGAAGAGGAAGAAGUAUAAAUCCGAACCAAAAACACCAACUAAAACACCCACCCGAACAAAGAAAGCCUCUACAAAAAAGUCAUCAACAAAGAAAAAAACAAAAGAUGUUCGUUAUUUGACUGAUUAUAUCACAAAUGAAAGUUUGGACUCGGCAUCUUCAUGUCCAGAUAGAGUUUCGUCAAUUGUAAAUAUUAGGAAAAUAUCCAUCACUGAUGUUGUCACUUUUCCACAACAAGCACAAAAAAAGUUUUCCAAGACUAUUCUAUUAAACACAGAACCUCAAAAAGAAAGAAAAGGAUACACUGAAUGUGAUACUAAUGAAAGAGGAUGUAGUGAAAUUAAUUUGGAUCUUCAUACAGCAACAAGAGUUGGUACUGAAUGUUCAGCUGCCAUGUUAAAUAUUGGAGCACCUAUUUGGGCUUUGGAUUGGGUGAGUCGACCUUCAGCUGAGGAGGAACAACUUGUUGCCAUUGCACCUCAUACUCUUCAUUCAUCAUUUCAUAAAACAGGAAAGCCAACAAUGAAAGGAGAAUUAUUCGAUGCUAGUCAUAGUAAUGUGAAAGUUCCAACAAUUUCAGAUGUUGAACAUUGUGGAAAAAUUCAAAUUUGGAAUUUUGGAAAACUUUCGGAUAAGCAAUUGAAUAGGGAUCCAUAUGUCCAAUUCUAUAUUGAGCACGAUCAUGGAUUUAUUUGGGAUUUGAAAUGGAUGCCAAAUUCAUAUGUAAAAAAUGAAAGACUUGGAAUAUUAGCUUGUGCAUGUUCUGAUGGAACUGUCAUUAUUUUGAACGUGCCUCACUACUCACAGAUUUUAUCAGAAUACGAAUCGAAGAAUAAUAUUAAACUAGGAAAAGAUGAAAGGCUUGUAAUAUCGCUCAAACCAGAAGUUUACUCUCAAUUACAGCAUGAUUCUGAAAAUAAUGCCUCUCUAAAGGUACCAUACACUAUUUCAUGGUCUCCUAGUUUAAAAUAUUUUGUGAGUGGUUAUCAUGAUGGUACAAUUUCACUUUGGAAGGUUCUUAAUAAUACUGAGGGAAAUAUUCUCGAACAUGCAGUCUCUGUUUUUGGACAUAGCCAUCCAACUAAUGACCUAUCCAUUCGAAGUAUCUCUUGGUUUGAUCCUACUAUGAACGAAUAUAUUUUUGCAACAUGUAGUAAUGAUGGAUUUUUCAAAAUUUGGGACGUGAGGGAUAUUUUCUAUCCUUAUUAUGCCUCUUUGAGUGGAAACCGUUUUUGGAUGACUGGAGUGGCGUUUCCAGAAAAAUCAAAUGCUCUCCUUAUUGUUUCACACGACGGUACCAUUAGACAAUUUGAUGCUGUUGAAAAUGCUUUCCAACUUUUUUCUACAUGUGAUGGUCCAAUAUGGGAUAUUUCUAUUUCAUCAACUCGUUCUAGUAUUCUAGUUGCUACAGCAACAGGAAGAAUAGAAGUAUUAUCAUUAGAACAAGAUUCUAUGGGAAAGAAGAGAAGAGCAGUCGAUAAUAGAGUUGAUGAUUUGCUUUUACAAGUGGAACUUGUCACAAAUGAUAAUGACUAUUCUGAAACUGAUCCAGAAAUGACAUACAAAUUGUCAAAUAAGGCUGAUGUAUGCUACUCACUCCCUUAUCACUUUAAAGAUGCAGACAACCCAGGCGAAAAAUUCACUCGUCUACCUUUUAGAUUCAAAAAUGAAAAGCUAACACCAGAUAUCAGAUUGGCAAUGCACAGAUGCUUAUAUCACCCAUCCAAACAUGAGGAUCUCAAAAAUUGGUGUUUAUUGAGUGGAUAUGAUGGUGUUGUAUUCUUAUUGAACGUACCAGAAACCUAUACAUCUCAAUAG